CAUGCCACAUACAUGUUCAUAAAUCAUUUUUCUUCUCAUAAGCAUAGAAGAACUAGUUAAAAACAACAUUGGCAUCAUCACUACUCACCAGCACUUGUUUCAAUUUCCCUCUCGUGUCUCUGCACACUUAGCCACCCUCACCACCACCAUGUUUUCCUCUAGAGGCAACAUGGCUAUGGCUUCACCCUCCUCAAUCUUCUCUGUUUAUGCUUCCAUGACAGCCUCCAUCAUGCUCCUGCGUUCAGUAACCAACGACCUCAUUCCUCAACCAUUUCGUGGCUACCUCACCAACGCCUUCCGCUACUUCUUCAAGGCUCGCUGCAAAGUCCUCACCCUCACCAUUGAAGAGUACUGCAGCGGCAUAGCGCGCAACCAUGUCUAUGACGCUGCAGAGGUUUACUUGUCUACCAAAAUCACCCCUGAAAAUGAGAGACUCAACAUCAGCAAGAGUCCAAAGGAGAAAAAACUCACCAUUAGGCUUGAAAAGGGUGAAGAGCUAGUUGAUUGGUUUAAUGGGAUUAAGCUCAAUUGGAAACUAAUCUGCUCAGAGUCUGAGAAGAGCAAUAGUUCCAAUGAUCACAGCAGAAACAACCCAACAAGAACAGAAAAGAAGUACUUUGAGCUAAGCUUUGAGAAGAAGCACAAGGAGAUGGUGUUGGGAAGUUACUUGCCUUUCAUUCUUGAGAAAGACAAGGAGAUGAAGGAUGAGGAGAGGGUGUUGAAGAUGCACACUCUCAAUACUUCAUACGGUUAUGGAGGGUUCAAGUGGGAUUCUAUUAAUUUAGACCACCCUUCAACGUUUGAGACACUGGCUUUGGAGGCAGAGCAGAAGAGUGCCAUCAUGGAGGAUUUGAACAGGUUUGUGAGGAGGAGGGAGUAUUAUAGGAAAGUUGGGAGGGCUUGGAAACGCGGGUACUUGUUGUACGGCCCUCCGGGGACCGGCAAAUCGAGCUUGAUCGCGGCCAUGGCUAACUACUUGAAGUUUGAUAUCUAUGAUCUUCAGCUUGACAACUUAGUGACCGAUUCUGAUCUCAGAAAGUUGUUGCUGGCAACUGCAAACAGGUCUAUUCUGGUCAUUGAAGACAUUGAUUGCAGCGUCGAUCUGCCAGGGCGUAGGCAUGGAGAUGGCCGUAAACAACCUGAUGUGCAGUUGAGUUUGUGUGGAUUACUCAACUUCAUAGAUGGGCUAUGGUCGAGUUGUGGAGACGAGAGAAUCAUCAUACUCACCACCAACCACAAGGAAAGGCUAGACCCGGCACUGUUGCGGCCAGGAAGAAUGGACAUGCACAUUCACAUGUCCUAUUGCUCCUACCACGGCUUCAAGGUUUUGGCCUCCAACUACCUAGACAUUGCCCCGGAUCACCGCCUUGUCGGGGAGAUUGAAGGGCUGAUAGAGGACAUGCAGAUAACCCCAGCACAGGUGGCAGAGGAACUGAUGAAGAGCGAAGAUGCUGACACGGCACUAGAAGGGUUCCUAAAGCUGCUCAAGAGGAAGAAGAUGGAAGGAGACGUGUGUGAGAAUGAUGGUUCAGAUAAAACAGAACUUCACCAAUCUAAAAGGUCCAAAGUUGGUUGCAAGCAGAAAAGACCAGUUUGUAUCAGCAAGAGAAAAAAUGGUGUGGGGACUCAAAGAAGGACAAGAGGACGUCCUUUGUAAUCAGCUUAGCACCUUGGAACGGUCUAAACUCUAAAGUGUGUCCCCAAAUAUAGUAGUAGUUACGACUUUGCCUCGCAUGUAGGUACUCUAAUCGUUUACAUACAGUUGAUAUUAAAUAAAAUCCGUUAACUUAGAUUUAGCUCAUGUUUAAAUAAUACAACAGAUUUUUAUAUCCAACAAUUGUCUUAGUUGGAUCAUGGACAAUAACAUAUAUUUUAAAUUUAAAUAUGUUUUUAUUUCCUGCA